AUGAACUAUUUUGGAUGUUACCAUCCCUUUUUGGUUAAGGCUUUGAAGACCCCACAAGACCAAUCAAAGCUAGUUGGGGAAAGGUGGCAUAGCAUCCUCAAAGAGACCCUUACAUCAGAGCUAUGUAGGAACAAUCAGUUGGUUACUUGGAAGGGAAAAGAACGAGUAAAAGGGAAUGUGAAAGGGAUUACUAGGCAGGCUAUCUUUUCUCAAUUCAUUGCGAUUGACCUGCACCAAAAUUCAAAAAAUAAACAGCUUCUUUCUCAACCAAGCGGGUCUCUCCACCUUCCAAAAACUCUCACUAUCAUCAUGGACAUGAGGAAGGUUUCCUGUGCCGUUCUCAUUGUUGCUGCCUCCAUGAGUGCAGCAUUGGCUGCCACAGAGGUUCCUGCACCUGCCCCUGGCCCUAGCAGUGGUGCCUCAGCCACUGUUGUUGGCUCCUUGGUUGGUGCCUCAGUCUUGUCCUUCUUUGCCUUGUUCCACUAA